GGGGAAGAAUGAUUACUGCCAAAAGUCCACAUAAUCCCCGAUGCACAGCGGACUUGGGAGCUCAGUACAUCACCUGCACUCCUCAUUAUGCCAAAAAGCAUCAAGAAUUUUAUGAGGAGCUGUUAGCUCAUGGGAUUUUGGAGCCUCUGACCUCUCCUAUUGAAGGAAUGGAUGUGAAAGGAGGAGAUUGCAACUUUGUGGCCCCUCAAGGAAUUUCUUCAAUUAUUAAGCACUACUUGAAAGAAUCAGGUGCAGAAGUUUUCUUCAAACAGCGUGUGACCCAGAUCAACCUGAGAAAUAACAAGUGGGAAGUCUCCAAGGAGACGGGCUCCCCUGAGCAAUUUGACAUUGUUGUCCUCACCAUGCCAGUUCCUCAGAUUCUGGAGCUUCGAGGUGACAUUGUGAACUGGGCUGGAAAAUGGCACAGUGACCAAGAACUCAUGCUGCUCUGGCAAAGGACCCAGGUUCUGCUGCCACCCCCCAGGAUGCACUGCUACCCUGAAGAUUUCAAAGCAUCAUAUCCCGAGAGUAUUCCAGGAGAUGCUCUGUAGAAGAGGGAACAAUGGGACUAAAGGUCAAGUUGCCAGGGAAAGUUUUAGAAAUCUCGGUUUCCUUUGGAAGUACACAGUUCAUCCUGUAUGAAAGGCUGUGCCACACAGCAACUCAUUUAUCUUCAGUUAGCCAGCUCUUCUCAAAGCAGUUUUCACCAUUUUAACCUUUUAUAUGAUUUAUUUUAUCUGUUUUAAAAAACACUUUUUGUUCCAAAUAUCCUUUAACUGAUAUCCUCACUUUGGAAAAUACUGGGUGGAGCCAAUUAAAAUUUUCAGUUUUUGGGUCCUGCUUGCAGCUUCUUUACAUCCUGACCACCUCUUCUACAGGCGCAUACCAAUCACAAUUGUAACAAGGCAUUAAUUCAACACCCCCUAUAUAUCUCCCAUAUAUGUAAAUUGGGUAUAUUAGAGUACCUUUAACAUUAUUUGGUUAUAGUAAUGUAUUUUUAAUGCAAUGUUAUAGUGACUUAAAGCAUUAGGUUAGUAGCUAAUUUUGUAAUAUAAGUCAGAGUAUUAAAUAGACUUCCUUUUUAGUUAGGUCAUUAAUUUGGCCUCUCAUAUUCAAACAAUGAUGGAAACUUUUAACUCAGAUCUACAUUCUGAAAGAGAAAUAUAACCCUGGCAUUAAGUAUCUUUAUUUUUAGGCCUAGUGUUUAUAGUUUUUCAAUUUCCUGAAAAGUUAGCAUUUCAGUUCUCUGGUCUAGAAUCUUACCAUAAUCCUAUCCAGUGCCAGCCAGGAAUCAGACCCACUACCCUAAGAGUCAAAUGGAAAGCAGGUGCAUGUAGACCUACCUUAGGCUAAAACUGGUGUGUCAGACUGGAAAUUGUAUCCCUGGUGCCGCUUUUCUCUUGUGUGCAAACCAUGGGCUAGAAGGCCUGAGAAUCCUAGAAGGAAACCUCAAGUGGAGUGCUGAAUAGUAACACUAGCACUGGCAGGCCUGGCAAGCAGACCAGUUUCCUCAAAACAUGUAGGAAAUGAGACCCAUCAGCUACAUGCUUGCCAUAACCAGCAGUCUUAAAUGCUUUCAAUGCAUGUGGCAUUUUAUGCUUUGUUAGAGGUACAGAAAAUUAACAUGUUGUGGGCCUUACUGUGAGGGAUGCUAUGAGCAUGAACAUAGAGUUGGAUCAUUGUUUUGGAUGAAGUUACAGUCUUACAAAUAUUAGGUAAUUUGUCCUUGCUUUAUCUGUAUACACAACUAGAGUCCAUUUAAUUCUGUUUGUGGUACAAAAUCAAGACAAUUAUUUCCAUAAGGUUUGAAAUGUCCAAGGUUUUUUUUUUUUUUCAUACCAUAUUGCUCUUCUGUUUUAGGAUUUAAUAUGUUACAACACCUAGGUGUAUGCUAUAGCUUAGGUAUCAACAUAAGGGAGUUUCACAAGAGAAAUGCAUUUUAUUACAAAAUCCAGUUUUAAUUAAGAAGAGACUGAAGGCCGGGCGGUGGUGGCGCACACCUUUAAUCCCAGCACUCGGGAGGCAGAGCCAGGCGGAUCUCUGUGAGAUCGAGGCCAGCCUGAACUACCAAGUGAGUUCCAAGAAAAGGCGCAAAGCUACACAGAGAAACCGUCUCGAAAAACAAAAGAAGAGACUGAUGUUUAGGUAGUUCAGCCUCAAAAGCCUGGAAAUCUGAGUAUACUGAAAUCUGAUUGAUUGAAUGAAUGAAUGUUGAAAAGUCUGUAAGUUAUACUUUUAAGCUGGGCUUUGUAGCUCACAGUCUAUUCAUAAACUAUAAUUUACACUGGCUGACAAGAAACAGGAAUUCUUUUGAAAAAUAAAUAGCUUGCUACAUUACUUGGCCCUGUUCUGUGUUGUAUGGCAGCAUUGCUAGCAUUUGGUUUUUUUGUGUGUGUGCACAGUUCUUUGGUGAGUGGAUAUAGGAGCUUCCACUCAUGGGCUUAAAAGGUUCAGACAUGUCUGCAGCUAAAAAUUCAUCUACAACUGAAGUAGCUGCAUGCUAUAUGUGUUCUUUUGCUAAUUUUCUUUUUUGUUGCUUUAUAAAAUUACAAACCUUGUAUUAGAGAAUUAACCUUAGAAGAGAGUAAAAGCUUCAUUAAUUCAGUUUCUAAAGAAUAAAUGUUUUGCUCUGAUAGCAACUUAAAUUAUUUCAUUUAGGUAACUGUUAGAUAAGCAAAUUGAAAUUAGAAUUCUGUAAUGUAUUUUUCACUAUAACACCUCACCAAAAAUCUGCAAAGUUUAAUUUUAAAAUAAUUUCAAAUACUCUCUCUGUAAUUCUAGGCAGGCUUCCAAUAUAACUGGUAGCACUAGCAAUCCCAUCUACUCAUCUCUAGUUGGUCAACACAGAAAGCUAGUAACUCUUAAAAAGAUAGUGGUUUGAUCAAAACCAGACUACUUAAUUUUUCUUUUUUCCUUU